AUGCGUCCGACAAUGAAUGAAAUCUUAACUAAAAUUAAUAGUCUAUCAAAAAUAUCAGUUGAAUUUGUUACCAAUAGUAUAGAUAUUCAGUCUGACAAAGAACUUUCUGAUGAAGAUUAUGAGAAUACAGACCAAUUCUUUGAUAAAGAUGAUGAUAAUAUAAUUGUCAGAGAUGAACCACUAUGUGAUCAACAGCAUAGCCAUUUGUCCGAAAGUUUAGUUCCUCACUCUAAUGCAAACGAAGUUUCAAAUACAGAUCAUUCUUUUGAAGCAGGGAACUAUAUAUUGACAAAAGAAAAAUAUACCAAUAUUACAAAUUUUGCGCUACAUCCGCAGCAGUUAUACAUUGAAAUCAGACAACCCUCGGCUAAAGUUCCUAUUUCUCCCCGUAAAGAAAAUAUCUAUAAAAGCAGCAAAAAUAUUAGUAAUGCCAAUCCUUCUAUGCCUUCAACUAACGUGGAGACAGGUUGUGAUCAGGAGAUGCUUAUUCCUCAAUUAUCACAAUCUCAUUAUAAAACUUCAAAGAGUAAUAACCCGGUUCCAAAUUUUGAAUAUCUAUCUUAUGAUAGAGUUCAAGGCCUAUACAAGGAAGCUUUCUAUUUUAUCCCUAAAGGCUUUGAGCCUGUUCUAGUUCCUAAUAAUGCAAAAGCUAAGACUAACUGGCUGGUCCUACACAAAAAAUAUUCGUAUCCGACUGAAGAAGAGAAGUCUGCCCUCGCUAAAGAAACAAGAUUAAACUUGCAACAAAUUUCAAAUUGGUUCAUUAAUGCAAGGCGAAGGCAUCUACCUCACCUACUUGAAUCCGAAUUUGUCAACGGCAACUCGAUGAAUUCUAGGAGAAUUCGAAAAAUUGGUGCUAUUAAAAAACCUUAUAGGAAAGAGCAUCCUUUAUAA